GUGUCCACGUCCUCAAUUUAAAUCAGCCAAUAAGAAUUAUUCUUUUUACCACGUAUGCUAUUUUAGCCCAAAACAUGGAAACCAACUUCGAUUGUGAUUCAUCUUCCUCGAUUCCAACUGUUUUUUUUUCUUCAAGUUUUCAUUCUUCAACGCCUCCUACGGUCCUACCUAAUUAGGGUGUGGAAGAGCCGUCUAUUCUCUUCAUCUCUUCGUCUCUUUUUUUUUUUGCUCAAACAUCUCUUUGUCUCUAUCUCUUCCUCUCUGUCUCUCUCUCUAUGUCUCUCUUCCAAUGAUGAAUCCACAAGGCCAUCCCGAACCUGAUUCCGAACCUCCUCCGACGAUACCUUCGAGUCGGUGGGUGUUGAGAUGAGGAAUGGUGAAGAAACUAAAUGUGUUUUUCCCUUGACGAGUCUCCUUUGCGGUUUGGUGGGUUGAUUGAAAAGUUAAGGUCUUUUGAUCCUGUUUUGUGUUCUAAUUCUCUGUAGUUAAGGCUUUUUACUGAGAAAAUCUUUUGGGUGAUGCAGAUCUUUGAUAGUUUUCAGAGAAGUAUCAAUUUUUAUUGAAUUGCCUUUGUUGGUUUGUGAGGUUUGUUCCUCUGUUUCGCCGCCGCAGAAGGAGAGGUUUAUCCGAGGAAUAGGAAAGUUUGAUCUGCGGCAACGAGAUGGAAGAAGCUUGGUUUCGUCUGUGUUAUCUCUCUCAAACUAGAUUUGAUUUUGAAAUGGCUUGAGGAGAUGAGAAAAGAGGACGAGGAGAGGAAGGUUUAUAUAAAAGGAAGGACGAAGGGUGAGAGAAAAGAAGGUGACACAAAGGGAUCAGCAAAAGGUGGGGAUGCAAAUUCAAAGAAAGAGGUCAAUCAAGCCAAAAUGGCCAGGUACAGACACCUGGUCUUCCCUAUACUCGAGUUCCUUCAAGAGCAUCAACUUUACCCUGAUGAGCAGAUCCUCAAGUUCAAGAUCGAGCUUCUGAACAAGACCAACAUGGUUGAUUACGCCAUGGACAUCCACAAGAGUCUCGACCACACAGAAGACGCUCCCCAAGAUAUGGAGGAAGCGGCUGCAUUGCUCGUGACGUUCCUUUUGAACCCUAAUGCUGUCCAGGAGCUAAGAGGUGAUAAGAAAUACAAUCUCCAGAUGCUGAAAGAACGUUACCAGAUUGGUCCAGACCAGAUUGAGGCGUUGAAUCAGUACGCCAAGUUUCAGUUUGAAUGUGGGAAUUAUUCAGGUGCCGCUGAUUAUCUUUCCAGUACAGGACUCUUUGCUCUAACCUUGAGAGAAGUAUGAGUGCCUUGUGGGGGAAGCUAGCAUCUGAGAUAUUGAUGCAGAACUGGGACAUUGCGCUUGAAGAGCUCAACCGUCUCAAGGAUAUUAUUGACUCAAAACUGCUGUUGGGUUGCAGAAGUCACGAUUCUGGUGUGAGCCGCUUGUUCCCAGAUGCUCGAGGAGACACUAUAUGUAAAGAACUCACACAGACACCGCAAUCUCAUUAAGUAUCUAAAAGACUAUAUUGACUUCAUUUCCACAAAAUAUCCUUUUUGGAAUCGAACUUCUGGAGCUGAUCAUUUCCUUGCCGCCUGCCAUGACUGGGUUCCAUCGGAGACACGCAAGCAUUUUUCCAAGACUAUAAGGGCGUUGUGUAACUCGGAUGUUAAAGAAGGCUUUGUCUUUGGAAAGGACACAUCUCUACCGGAGACAUACGUUAGAUAUCCCAAGAAACCACUAAGUAACAUCGGUGGCAAGUCUGCGUCCAAAAGGCCAACAGUAGCUUUCUUUAAUUUGCUGGUCAACCCGAUCACGGGUACGUUAGGCCAAUACUACUCUCUUACUGGGGUGAACAACAAAGAUCCUGACCUGAAAAUUUUCGGGAAGCUUCUGAGGUCUAAAGGAAACAAGAACUAUCUUCAGUUCAUGAAGACGAGCAAAUACUAUUUUCUAUGGUUGUGUUCCAGUAAUCAUAUCUGAUAACUUUGUGCCACCUUUCUUCGAGGUUUUGAAGUGGGAGUCGUUUGCGGUUUUUGUGUUGGAGAAAGAUAUACCCAACUUGAAGAAGAUUUUGAUGUCUAUAUUGGAACGUAGGUAUAAGCAAUUGCAGAUGAGAGUGAAGAGAGUACAGAAGCAUUUUUUUGUGGCAUGUGAAGCCUGAGAAGUAUGAUAUGUUUCACGUGAUUCUUCAUUCUGUUUGGUUUAACCGAGUUUUCCAAAUUUCGGUUUAGAAGUUCUUUAUCAAACAAACAAUUCAUUUAUACAUUUUUUCACAGGAUAAAUCCAAUAGGAGUUUUAAAUAAAAAAAAAUUAGUGAUACAUUA